ACAAUGUUUAGUUUGCGGUUGACAUUCGCUAUGCCAAUGCGUGUGAACAUAAAACAUAAUAUAAGUAAAUUAAUAAUAAUUAGUCGUGUAAUUAAGUGUUAAAACAUGGAAAUUUGUUCCAAUUAUGGAUCUAUGCCGGUUCUAUCUACGGCUUCGAGGCGAGACUUGGAGAGUCAGGAGGCAGGGGCGACUAGAAAACACAGCAGGCUAUGGACCAUCCUAGUUGACAUACCACUUAUAUUAAUAGUAUUGGUGCUGAUAGGGUUGUUCGAGCUGGGCGUGAUCCCGUGCUACCGUGCCGGGUUCUUCUGCAACGAUCCUUCGCUAUCGUUCCCCUACAGGGGGGACACAGUCAGCACUGUCGUACUGGUGGUUACCAUAUUCUUGGCGCCUCUCAUAGUGAUACUCAUCACAGAGCUGAUAUUCCAUGAUCAAGAGUACAGCUUCCGCGAUAUGACGAUAGCUUCGACAAAACAAACGUUAAGAGUCUACCGUAACUACGUAUACGGGCUGAUCUUCAACUUCGCCGUGAUUGAGGUGAUGAAGGGCAUCACUGGCAGCCCGCGGCCCACUUUUUUCGACCUUUGCGAACCUGAUACUGGGAAAACAUGUAACGGAUCUGAAUUCGUCAGCGACUUUGAAUGCACUUCCACAAGAUUUUCAAAAUGGAUGCAGAAGGACUCCUAUCACAGUUUCCCAUCGGGUCACACCUCUUUAUCAGUGCACUGCGGACUAUUUAUAGCCUGGUAUCUCCAGAAGCGUGCCUUCGACUGGCGCUUCCGCACAGUAUUCGUGGUCCCAAUGCUGCAGCUUGUCUGUAUGGGAUUCAUGGCCACGUCUUCGCUGUCCAGGAUCACAGACCACAGGCACCACUGGUGGGACGUAGCUGUGGGCUUCGUCAUCGGCGUUAUCACCUUCUCAUACGCGGCUAUUGUGCUGAGCAAAGACGGAGCCGCCACCAAAAGAGCUAGUUCAGAAUCAAUGCAACCAUCUCUCAAAACUUUAGUGUUUGACCAAAGGACUAUAGAGCCGGCAUCACCCUAAGAGUGACUUAAUAAACUUUGUGCAGUGGUCGUGUGACUACGAGAAAGAUCUUUGGUGACCGAGUGUUAUAAAAAUUAAUGAGUAAAACCAACGAAUUAGAAAUAAUAUGGAAUACGACCUGUGCUAAAAUUCACAUUAUCUUACCCAAUGAGUGGAUAGCCGAAUUAAUUUACAGAUAUUUGAUUGGUCAAACUUAGUAUUGAAGUUUAGUUGAAGAGUUUGGGACCAUGAUUUUGCUUGUAUUUUGUUAGAGUCAUAAUGUUUCCAUUAUCAUUUCUAAUUCAUUGAGAAAAACACAAUCAUAAAUCAAUGCAAAUCAUAAAUCAAAUUGUAUAUAAUAGACUAAUAUUAGAAAUCUCGACGUAUUUUCAUGUAUGUAUAACUAAAAACAUAUUAGAUUUGAUAAUCAAACCGUUUAACGCAUAAAUAAAAAUAAUUGUAUACCUACUGGGUUUCAAGACAUUGUGAAUUUGUAAACAAAACUGUCUUUAAUAUGAGU